GGAAACAGUGGCUGCACAUCAGGGGACAGGAAGAAGGCCAGUUGGACAGAGCUUGGGACCGAGGGACCACACAGCGGUAGGGGUCCCCUGAGCACUGAUGGCAACAGCCAGGAGCCUGGACCUCCUGUUCCUUCUGCUGCUGACUUCAGACGUGAAGACCACUGAAGAGCCAAGGAAUGUCUGCCGGCUCAAGGAAGGCCUCGAGUACGACAUCUUCGACUUGAAUGACACUGCUAAGUGUUUCACCAAGUGCGGGCAAUCAGAGGACCGCCCCUGUGACCUGGAGAACUUGCAGAGAUACUGGUUGAACUAUGAGUCCUACCUACUGGAGAAUUCCAUGGAGACUGUGGACAUGCCUUUUGUUAAGGCAUUGGUCCAGAACAUCAGCACGGAUGUCUCGGAAGACCUGCUGUACUCUCUGAUGCCCUCCCAGAUCCCGAGGCAGGUGAUGCAGGGUGAGGACCAGCCUGCUGAUGGAGUCCGACUUCCCAAGAGCCUGUUUGGAGCCCUGCCUGGCAACAGAUCUGCAGUCCGGUUGGCCAUAACUGUUCUAGACAUUGGUGCAGGGAAUGUCUUUAAGGGCCCCAAGCUUCUUGAAGACAAGGGCAGUAGCGUGUUGAACAACCGCAUGGUGGGCCUGAGCGUGGGCCAGAUGCACACCACCGGGCUGUCGGAACCUGUAGAGAUCACCUUCUCCCACCAGCGCCAAUCACCUAAUAUGAUCCUCACCUGUGUAUUCUGGGAUAUGGCCAAAGGAGACUGGGAUUCCCACGGCUGCUCCACAGAGCUCGGGGAUGGGAGAACUGUCUGUCGCUGUGACCAUUUGACCUUCUUUGCCUUGCUACUGAGGCCGAUCUUGGACCUGGCCACGGCACAGACUCUCACUCGCAUCUCCCAGGCAGGCAGUGCGGUCUCCAUGAUCUUCCUGGCCCUCACCAUGGUUCUCUAUGUUGCCCUCAGGAUCUCUCUGCAGAGGUUCAAGUCUGAAGAUGCCCCUAAGAUCCACAUGGCUCUGAGUGUCAGCCUGUUUCUCCUGAAUCUUACCUUCUUGAUCAAUGUGGGGAGCAGCUCCCGAGGGUCCCCAGCCUCCUGCUGGGUGCGGGCCGCCAUUUUCCACUACUUCCUGCUCUGCGUCUUCACCUGGAUGGGCCUGGAGGCCUUCCACCUCUACCUGCUGGUUAUCAGGGUCUUCAAUACCUACUUUGGACACUAUUUCCUGAAGCUGAGCCUGCUGGGAUGGGGCCUGCCCAUUCUUGUUGUUAUUGGUGCUGGAAGUAGCAACAGUUAUGGUGUUCACACCAUCCGCGACCAAGAGAACCGCACAUCGCUGGAGUUGUGCUGGUUCCAGAAAGAGCCUGCCCUCUAUGCUACUGUCCACGGCUACUUCCUUGUUACCUUCCUCUUCGGUGCUGUGGUGUUGGCUUUGGUGACCUGGAAGAUCUUCACCCUGCCCAGUGUCACAGCAGGCAAAGGACAGGGGCAGACCUGGAAGUCGGUCCUCACUGUGCUGGGCCUCUCGAGCCUGGUGGGCAUGACCUGGGGGCUGGCUGUGCUCACCCCCCUCGGCUUGUCCACCGUCUACAUCUUCACUCUCUUAAACUCUCUGCAAGGACUCUACAUCUUCUGCUGGUUCAUCAUCCUCUACUUCCCGACUCAGACUACCACUGCCUCCUCCUCCGGCACCGCCCGCCUGGACCAGCCCCACUCCAUGUCCCAGGAGUAGUCUAUAGGUGACUGCAGUUUGUGCUCACCUCUGGCUGGUUUGUGUGACCUUGAGCAGCUGCCUACCUCCUUCUGGGCUCCUUUGCCUUCUCGUACAGGGUGUCUAAGGAGGAAGAGGAUGGGCCAUGUGGUCUCUUAGUUCCCACUCAGGAGGCUGGAGAAAUGACUUGAAGAGGACACUGGUUCAGUUCCCAGCACCCACAUGGCAUCUCUCAGCUGUCUGUGACUAGUUCUGAGAGAUCUGACACUCUCCUCUGGCAUGAAGUCGCCACAUCUAGACAUGUGCAGGCAAAAACACUCAUCCAUAUAAAAAGAAAUUUAAAAAAUAUUCUAGCCGGGCGGUGGUGGCACACGCCUGUAAUCCCAGCACUCUGGGAGGCAGAGGCAGGCGGAUUUCUGAGUUCGAGGCCAGCCUGGUCUACAGAGUGAGUUCCAGGACAGACAGGGCUACACAGAGAAACCCUGUCUCGAAAAAACCAAAAAAAAAAAAAAAAAAAAAAAAAAUUCUAGGGCUGGAGAGGUGACUCAGUGGUUAAGAACACUGACUGCUCUUCCUGAGGUCCUCAGUUCAAACCCAGCAACCACAUGGUGGCUCACAACCAUUGGGAAUGGGUUCUGAUGCCCUUUUCUGGUGUAACUGAAGACAGCUACAGUGUACUUACAUAUAUAAAAUAAAUAAAUCUUUAAAAAA